UUUUUUUUUUAACUUCUCUUGUCUUUCCAUCCAACAAUCUCCGCUCUACCGCAGUCGUUCUUCCUCUUCGGCCUUCUCUAUUGUUUAUUUCUGCGCCGCGCGGAUUUACCUAUCGAUUCGAAAAAUACCUUGAUUCCCCGAAGUCUUCACGACUGAACCAUCGAUCGACCGACCGACGACCCGAAUUUGGCACAUAGUCACAAUCGCCUACGCUCUUUUCCUGUCCUGGGUUCGCUAAAUCCACACACCACUUUAUCGCAAAUACCACCUCGACAACCCUUUCAUUAUUUUUCCAUUUCUUGCCCACCUGCCAACAAGAUUCUUACGCGGUGUUUCGUUCCCGCCCUCUCGCCGAGGACGUGAUAUGACGUUCCGGGACCGCCAACAGGAGACAAGAAGACUGCGAUAGGACCUUGACUGCUGGUCGCACAGACAACGGGUCACGGCCGCCGUCCAUGGCCAAGAAGCGGCGCACUAAGAAGAGGAAGGGAACCAGUACAAGACAAGACCCCGCCCAGGGCGCCACAUCCAGCAUGUCCACCACCGACGAGCUUGCGUCGCACUCUAGCGGCAGCCAGUCGAGCGGUCUGCACGAGAGCGAGACCGCCACCGAGAUGACGAGCGUCAUGAGCUCCAACGAGGGAUCCCAGGGUGUUCUCGAGGCCGACGAAGAAUGGAACUCGCAAGAAGAGGAGGAGGGUAUGGAGGUCGACGACGACGACAACGAUGACAACUUCUCCGUCUUCGCGCCCGGUCAUUAUCCCCGGCCCAGCGAGUCUCAUCGCACCGAGAUGCCCUACAUGACGUCGCUCGAUCAUCAGGACAUGUCUUCAACCCGGUCAUUCAUGGAGCGAGAGUUGGACUACCAAUGGGAGAACGGUCGGAGGUAUUGCGGCCCGCAUUAUCACCUCCCCAACGAUGAGUGGGAAAUGUGCCGCAUGAGCUUGAUUCACCGGGUCUACCUACACGUUUUUGACGGCAAGCUCAGCACGGUACCACUGGAGAACCCGCAGAGAAUACUGGAUGUCGGCACGGGUAUCGGCGAAUGGGCCAUUGGCAUGGCCGAUGAGUUCCCCAACUGCGAGGUCAUUGGUACAGACAUAUCUGCCCUUGCGCCAACGUCAAUACCGAUGAACUGUUUCUUCGAGGUCGACGACGCCGAGUUGGAGUGGGAGCGCGAACUCGACUCGUUUGACCUUGUGCACUUCCGCCACGUGAUGGCGGCAUUUACGGACUGGAGUUUUGUCUACAAGGAAGCUUUCAAGGUCCUUCGGCCUGGCGGCUGGAUUGAGAUGCUGGAAUGGGAUGAUCAACAAGGGUUCAAAAAGUUCCUCUCAGAAUUCCCCCCUACUUCCGAGAUUCACGCACUGUCGAGGGACCUGACCCUCGCGGGCAUCAAGUCCGGGCGCGCAAGAGGCGUCUCCCACAUGAACCCGAAACUGUUAACGGAUGCCGGCUUUACGGACAUUAAGCUUACGGAACACACGAUUCCCAUCAAUAUCGAGGCCAGCGAAGGCAAGCUGUGGCUGAUUGCCUGCAUCGAUGGACUGGAGGCCGAAUGCCUACGCCCACUUACGAAGCACAUGGGAUGGGAUCCAGAGCACGUCAAGACGGCAUGCCACAAUGUCGCCAAAGAGAUGGCCCGUCUAGCAAGAGACCCUGUCAAAUCGCACGGACUGAUUGUCAAGGCCCGCGUCCUGGUCGGUAGGAAGCCACUGAAUGCGGCAACGCCGCCAAGCGUCUAUCCGAGACCUACCGAGGACGCGGACGAGACGGACGAUACGGCGAGGGAGGGUAGCCACAGCAGGCAUCAAGCCGAUGAGGACGCUCAAGACUCCGCUGUCGAGACGACAGUUUGAGCGUGAAAUAACCUCGAGAAGGAGGAAUUAGUAAUUUUCUAGCCGGGUGAUGAACAGCCCGGGCCAGAGCACGAUUUAUCUUCAUAUUAACUGCAUGUAUCGCACUUACCUACGCCGGCGGAAGAUUGCUGGUCUUAUUUCCAGCGACCUCAAUUUGCACAUCUUCUACAUAUUUUUUAUUCCUUCUACAACAUCAUAUGGAGCUGUAAAAAACUCACCAUUAAGAUGGUUAACUCUGAUACUGUGCGCCGAGAAAAGGUAGACAAAUCCCUGUGGGGACGGAUGGCACAUUCGUGCUACACCAUGGCACAAUGCAAAUACCUUAGCCAGGGGAUAUUCAAGAAUUCUACCUGAAAAGACUGCCUGUCUCUUGCUGUGAUCCAGG